GUCAUUUUCUCUCGCAACAUCUCGUGACCCACGAGACAGAAGUUGAUAACAACCGCUUCCUUUGAAACGGCUUUGCACUUCAUACAGGUGCGAUUAUGGAUGAGGAACUUAAAUGUCCUGAGUGUAGAAAAUUUUAUUCAAAGCCCGUCUUUUUCCCAUGUUCUCACUCUGUUUGUUUAGAGUGUGCUGGAAAUAUGCAGGAGUCUUCACAGGAAUUUAUGUCUCAAUUUGAGGAUAGUAAUUCUUUGUUACAAAUUUUAGGGGAUACAGAUCUUCUUAAGGAUUAUGAUAAAUUAAGUUUAGUUAGUGAAACUGACAGUGGAGUUGUAUGUAACAGUAGACCAAGUAGCUACAUUGGAAGUGGAAAUAUUUUACCUUCAGUACAGGGAAGUUCUUAUAUUGUGAAGUGUCCCGUCUGUAAAAAACCUGUAUUUUUAGAUGAAAGUGGAUAUAAAUCUCUACCUAAAAAUACUAUUCUUGAGGCUAUUGUGGAAAAAUAUUGCAAUGAAUGUAAACAAUUACAAAAUCAUACAAGUAAAUGUCAAAUGUGUGAUCAAACUGAUAAUUCUGAAGCGAAAGAUGCAUGUAGUAUGUGUGAACAAUGUGAAAUAUUUUAUUGUGAUACUUGUAAAGAUGUUUGCCACCCUUCGAGGGGACCUUUGGCAAAACAUAAUAUGGUGGGACCAAUUCAAGGGAGAGCUAUAUUACGGGCCAAAAAUAAAGCUAGUGAGGCAAAAUGUAUAGAACAUGAAGAAGAACAUCUAAGCAUGUAUUGCUUAUUUUGUAAACUGCCUGUUUGUUAUGUCUGUCGACAAGAGGGACGUCAUGUUGAUCAUGAUGUCCAGGCCCUUGGGGUUAUGUCAAAAACUCACAAGACAGAACUGUCCCAUGGAUUACAGUCAUUAUCAGAGAAAGCCAAAGCUGGGACAGAAUUUAUACAAAGAUUAAAAGGAAUGUCAGAAAAAGUCCACGGCAAUUGUACUGAAUUUGAAGCCAGAGUUGUGGCCCAGUGUGAUGCUUUAAUAGAAGCUUUAAAGAAAAGGAAGUUGGAACUGAUUGAGAAUGUACAUCAAGAGAGAGAGAUGAAAGUCAGGGUACUUAAAGAACAAGUAACACACUGUACCUCACUAUUACAAAAGACAACGGGACUGUUACAUUUCUGUAUAGAAGUACUAAAAGAGGGAGACCCUGCCUCAUUUUUACAGGUAUCUAAUGGACUGCUAAGCAGAGUCAAUAUGGCUAACCAGAACUUCAACAAGGAUAUAGAACUGGUACCUAGAGUUUCUCCAGAGUUUGAGCUAACUUUAGAUUCAACACCAGUUCAACAUUCAAUACAAACAAUGAACUUUUUCCAAAUGAAAGAUGGGACAACGACUCCAGGAAAGCCAACCAUAUUACCGGAGGAAUGUAGUGCUGAGAACAAUAGUGUAACAAUAGUUUGGCAGCCUCAUUCAGAAAGUAUCGUUGACAAUUAUUACCUAGAGAUUGAUGAUGGAAAUGGCGGAGAUUUUAGAGUAGUGUAUGUUGGACGCGAGACCAUGUGCACUGUAGAUGGACUCCAUUUCAACAGUUUAUACUAUGCAAGAGUAAAAGCUGGAAACUAUUGUGGUGAAAGUAACUACAGUGAUCCAAUUAGUCUCCAAACAGCUGAAUUGGCCUGGUUUCACUUUGAUCCAGUCUCAGCACAUCCAGAUAUAUUAUUUUCUAAUGACAAUCAGACAGUUACAUGUAAUAGUUAUGACCACCGAGUUGUACUUGGAAGUGUAGGAUUUUCUAAAGGUGUACAUUACUGGGAGAUAGUUGUGGACAGGUAUGACUGUCAGACAGACCCAGCUAUUGGUAUAGCAAGAUUUGAUGUGGGAAAGUGCUUUAUGUUAGGUAAGGAUGACAAAGCUUGGAGUAUGUAUAUCGACGACAGUAGAAGUUGGUUCCUACAUAACGAUGAACAUCGGAACCGAACUGAUGGAGGUAUACAACGCGGAAGUGUCAUCGGUAUUUUAUUGAACCUUGAAAAACAUUUGAUGUGUUAUUAUGUGGAUGAACAGCCACAUGGACCAAUCGCAUUUAAUGAUCUCCGUGGGGUAUUUUUCCCAGCAGUCAGUAUUAACAGAAAUGUUCAAGUGACACUCAGGACAGGUUUAGCCCCACCACCUGAAUGUGAAACCGAAGAUGAAUGAGUUUAAAAAAAAGGGAGAUAAUUUGUCUGUGAUGUUGUUAUUUAUGACUUUAUACUUUUAAGAAUGGUCUUAUGGUGGCAGCAUAAUUUAUAUAAUGAAGAUUCAUAAUGAAAAAUACAAAGCAUUCUGGGAAAUAUUUUUGAAUGCUUAUAUCAAAAUGUUCAACAGCAUUGUAAACCAUGGAAAUUCAACCAUAGUGUAAUUUGAUUUUCUUGGUGAAUGUGAGAUGAAACUAACAAGAGUCUCUUACUUAGAAAUAUCAGAAAUAAAUUUUCAAAGUUACAGAAAUUGUAAUUGGAUCAUCAGAUAUUUAUACAAAAAAUGAAAAAUAUAUGACAAUUUAACAACAAUUAUGUUCGAAAGUUUGUACAUGUAGUACCAGAAUAGUAACAUUAUUUCAUUUCAUUUUUUUUAAAAGGAUUUUUAUUCUAUCAGUAUUAUAAAACCAUCAUUCAUAUAAACUAUGAGGUUGUGAAUUAUACAAAUAUUCAUCACAGUCAUUUUUGGUGCCAUAUAAGUUGUUUUUUAACAGUUGCAAUAUUUUUUAUUAGAACUUAGGCCAGACUUUUUUUAUUAUCUGUUUAACGAGAUCCGCCGACUCAACAUUGUCCGAUUUCAGAAUAAAAAUAAAAGUAGGGCUUCCUACUUUUAUUUUUAUUUUUUCCGCCGACUGUUACGAAAUCCUCAAAAAAAAAUAAAAGUACGAGUUCGGGUCUGCGAUUAUUAAUUUAUCUCUUGUCGCAUGGUCAAACAAAACGGCGACUUCCGGGAAGGGACCGUUUUUUUUACAUUAAACUUUAAGUCCGAUCACUAGAGAGAAGUUCGUGUUCACUCAAAUUUGUUAAGUGUAAUAGAGAUGAGACAAUCGGGGUCAUGUUGUCCAAUGAGUUACCGGAAGAUGUUGGCAUCAGCCGCAUUAUAACAAACGAGGCAGAUGUUGAACCUGACAUGCCGGUCAACGUUUUGGAAGAGUUCGGAUUUAUAUUUUGAAGUAGUAUCGUAGUAUGCAUAUUAAAAUAGUAUCAAAGAUAUCAAUUAAAAUCAAUAAUGCUUUUUGAAUCUUGUGUAUGGAUGGGACCAAAUCAUUUGAAAAACCACUUUUUUUAUUCACGUUCACCCCCUUUCACUUCCGCACCCUACAGUACACGUUUGCACCCUACACAGGGAUAAAACUUAGGAAACUCAAGCUGGUAGCCCAGACCAAAUUAUUCCUAAAUGAUGUUUGUAUUUUGAACUAAAUUUUAUCAAAAUUUUAGUAGCCCAGCUCAAAAUCUAGAGGUCUGUUUUCUUCCAUUGUUCUUCUAUUUUGAUAAAUUCUUAAAAAAAAAAAAAAAGGUCACUUAGAUUAGGUUUUAUUUAUUUUUAGUGUCGACUGGACCAAUUUUGCACUUUUAUUUUUUUUUUUUAUUUCGUCCCCUCGACCCUAUUUUUUUACAAAUUUUCUCGUUAAACAGAUAAUAAAAAAAGUCUGGCCUUAAUGUUCAACUUAUGGUAUACAUCAGUCAUCAUAUUUGCAUGUGGUUGCUACAUCAUAAUUACAAUACUGGGGCAUUUGGAAUUGAUCUUCAAGUCAAAAUAAGUUGGAAGCCAUCUGAAAUUUUUCAUACAUGGUUUAAUUUACAGCCAACAAUAUAUAAGAGAAAAUGCAUUUUUAUGUCAUUCUUUUUCCAAUUUUCAAGAAACUUCAAUUUUUUAAAAUAUUGUUAUCAAAUUUUAGCUUGUUGAAAAAUAAAUUAUCAAAUAUUUUUAAAGCCCCUGAACACAAAAACUUGUAGAACAAAAUUGUUUUUAUACCAGAGUAACAUUUCUGGUGUUAAUACUCAUGUGCUACAAUUAAUUUGGUUGUUAUGCUGCUAGGUAUAGUCCAUUGAUUGUGUUUUGUAUUGCUUUUGACGGUGUGAGUUGUCUGUAUUUUGCCAGUGCAAUGUAUUUAUUAUGACUUUUUGUCUUGCCUGUGACAAAAGUAAUGAAAGGCAAGACGUAGGUGUAGCUUUUCCAGCAGCAAAUUUGAGUUAAUUAGAAGUCCAUCAGAUUGGGAUUUUUUUUCCUGAAUUUUCUGUUGACAGGCAAGACAUAUCUCUGUGUCAACAGGAUAUUGUUUUAUACACAGCUGAUAUAGUACCUUGUUUGUGAGAAUCUUUUAUUGAUCUGCAGGGUGAUUAUCCAUCUAAUAUUCUUUUCUGAAUUUUUCUGUAAACAGGCAAGACAUAUCUCUGUGUCCACAAUUUAUUGUUUUAUAACUUAUACAAUACCUUGUUUGUUAGAAUCUUUUAUUGAUCUGAUUUACAUGUAUAUUUUGUUUUAAUGACAUAUUAAUGUUAGAAAACUCAUCUAUAGGGUAAAAGAGAUUUAUUCAUGAUUACAUGACAUUUUAUCAAAGGAAAUGGACUUACUUCAAACUGCGUUAUAAUUAAUACUUAAAUGUAGAUUUAUACGAAAUCACAAUUAUUUUCGAAUUACAUGAAAGCCUGGAGAUUUGUACAGGAAACUAGAUUUUUCAUAUAAAAUGCAUGUUUUGAAUUUCAAUGAAGUUUGAUAUUGACUUUAUAAUUGGAUAGGAACAUGAUAAAACAAUUGCUUAUUGUAUAACUAUCAGAAAAAAAUUGAAUUACUGACACUCUACAUGGGAUCCUGAGAAAUCAUAUCCUAUUCAAGAUUAACCAGGCGUUGAUUCACUUAUGUCUAUACUUUUUAAAUUGAAUGGUUAAAUUCAGACUCAUUUGAGAGACUAUUAAAAAUUUGUGGUUGAAUUUUCAAUUUUGAAAAAAUGCAUGAUAAUACAUAUCACUUGUUUAAUGCCCAUAGUUCUUAAUUACGAAGAUAUCAGAGUUUCAAGGAAUUUGAGAGUUACAGUAUUACAAUAUAAAUCACUAUAUAAGAUCAUAUCAGUGUAAAACCUAUUUUGCAAUUUUUUAUGACAAACUUUUACUUUGAAAAUUAGCUGAACUGACAUGCGCUAAUAGAAUUUUUAUCAAAAGUUAGACAAGUAAAGUAAAAUUUUUGCUGCCAGACAUGAAUGGAGACCUCAACUGAUCUCAAUUGACUUUCAAACAGUCAAAACAAAUGAAAUCCAUGAAGACAAUCAGCUUCAUUUAACAUUCAGGGAAUUCAUUCAUGAACAUUUUUAACUCAUUAAUUAAGGUUUGCAUUUUAUUUCAUGAUAAUUUGCUAAUGUCAAGGGCAUUGUAAUUAUUGCUAUUUUCCAUCUGAAAGCCACACAAAAAUAUACAACAAAUUUUCCUGUUUUGUUGCUGUCUUCUUGACUAGAUCUUCUUUUCAUAAUAUUAAAACACAUCAGCAAAUGGAAAUUUUUAACGACAUUGACUGGCUAUACAGCCCUUGCUGGGUGAUAAGCAUUUUAUACUUUUUAGCCUGAUUAUGUCAUAUGAUCAUAUAUUUAUGUUUUUAUAGUGAAAAUAUGUUGUUGGGUUGAUGUCUCUUAGACACCUACCUCUUAUUUCCUUAUAUUUUUCUUUAAUUGAUUAAUGUGCAAUAAAAUGUGAUACAGUCCUUUAAACUGUAUUGAUAAUGCUUUAAAGUUCUUAUGUCUGAUUUUUUACCAGUAAUGUAGCUACUUAAUACAGCAUUGCUGAUUCUAUCAAAGGAAUCGAAUAGCAUUUAUAUUUUUAUUGAGCAAUUGCAAACUAGCAAAUUGUUAAUGGCUUUUUAGUUUUACUGUUUGUUUUGACAGUUAUUUAAGAAAUCUAUACAUAACAUGUGAAUUGGAUAUCAACACAGUAUAAUUAUGGCAUGUGAAACAGUAUAAUGCUGUAAUUGAAUAUUUAUUAUAGAAAUAAAACUUCUUAAAUUGA